UUCUACUGUGUUGUGUCUAUUUCCUUCUAUGACCUAGAGGAAUACGCUGAGGAUGAAUUAAACCCAUAACAAGCAACAACACAAGGCUUGCCUGUACAUAUUCAUACUCGGAUCACUCUUCCGUCCAGACAUGCACACACACCCCGUGCAACCCCUCCGCAUUCACCCAAGAACCCAGAACCCAGCACAACACCACCUUAUCAAUCACAGCAAUGAUUUGGAAUGCCCCUUCAGCCCAUCUUACUAAGACCCAUAUCUCCCUCUCUCGCCCAACACCCUCGCCGCCGCGCAUUUCACAUAAAGCCCCACCCCCGACUCGUCGCCCAGGACAUGACUUGCCAUACCGCCGAGAACAAGCGCCGCCCGACACCACUUAUCCAUUCGUCCGUUCAUCCCUCCACCCAUCUAUUCACAGCGCCAGGCAAUGCCAUGCCGAGCCUGUCAUGUACCAAGACCAAGACUGGGAAUAGCUAUCGUGUCGUUAUCGCAUCGUAUUGCAUCGCGUGAGCAUGCAGACAGGCAUGUAUGUCUUCG